GUCUACUGCAUUGAACUAACAAGAGAGAUUGAGACGUCAAGACAAGCAACAACCAUGUUCGCCGAGCUGCUCUUCUCCUUCUUCCUCCUCAUCCUCUCUCUCUUCUCAAUCCUCUUCACCAGCAAGAAUUCCAUCACUCAUCACAAGAAGAAAAUACCAUCAUCACCCGCUAACAAUCUCCCCCCAAAAUCGUAUCCGAUCAUUGGCUCUUAUUUUGCGAUCUACGCGAACCGUGAGCGGCGUGUCGAGUGGCUCUCCGACAUGAUCAAGCUCUCCCCGUCCGCCACCUUCGUCCUCAACCGCUUCUUCGGCCAGCGCCAGGUCUUCACCGCCAACCCCUCCAGCGUUCGGCAUAUCCUCAAGACCCACUUCUGCAUCUACCCGAAGGGAGAGCUCCUCCGCUGCAGCCUCCGCGACUUCCUCGGCGACGGCAUAUUCAACAUCAAUGGCGAUGCCUGGAAGUUCCAGCGGCAGGUCUCGAGCCAUGAGUUCAACCGCAAGUCCCUGCGCAAGUUCGUCGAGCAUGUGGUGGACGCCGAGCUGUUGGGACGCCUCGUCCCCAUCCUUGCCUCUGCUGCCAAGACCGGCGCCGUGCUCGACCUGCAGGACAUCCUACAGCGGUUCACGUUCGACAACAUAUGCAAGAUCGCUUUCGGGUACGACCCAGCGUAUCUUCUUCCCUCCCUUCCGCAAGCCCAGUUCGCUGAAGCAUUCGAAGAAGCAGUCAUGAUCAGCAGUGGAAGGCUGAAUUCGAUCUUGCCCAUCAUAUGGAAGCUCAAGAGGUUUCUCUGCGUGGGUUCGGAGAAGCGUCUGAAGAAGGCAGUUUCUCAGGUGCGAGGCUUUGCGAGAGACCUCAUAAGAGAGAAGAAAGAGAAGAUAAGAGAGGGUCGCUCGCAAGAGGUCGAGCUCGAGCUCGACAUCCUGUCUCGGUUCUUGAUGUCGGGCCACUCCGACGAGGACUUUGUGAUCGACAUUGUCAUCAGUUUCAUCCACGCUGGCCGGGACACCACUUCGGCCGCGUUGACGUGGUUCUUCUGGCUCGUCUCACAGAACCCGCGAGUGGAGAGAGAGAUACUCGAUGAGAUUGCAGAGAUGACCGGGACACUGUCGGCCGUCUAUGAGGAGACCAAGGACAUGGUGUACACGCACGCCUCGCUGUGUGAGAGCAUGAGGCUGUACCCUCCUGUUCCCGUCGACACCAAGGAAGCCACCGUCGACGACAUUUUGCCUGACGGGACGUGGGUGAAGAAGGGGACAAGGGUGGUGUACCAUCCUUAUGCAAUGGGGAGGCUGCCGGAGCUGUGGGGCUCAGACUGGCCUGAGUUUAGGCCGGAAAGGUGGCUGGUGGAAGGGGGUGGAGGAGGGAAAUGGGGCUUUGUGGGGCGGGACUCGUACGAGUACCCGGUGUUCCAAGCGGGGCCUAGGAUUUGCUUGGGGAAGGAGAUGGCGUUCCUCCAGAUGAAGAGGGUGGUCGCCGCCGUGACCGGGAGGUUCAGGGUGGUGCCGGCAAUGGAGAAGGGGGCCGAGCCAGCAUACUGGGCCGACUUGACGUCAAAGAUGAAGGAUGGGUUCCCGGUGAGGAUUCAGGAGAGAAGUGGAUUAUUGUAGGAAACCUCCACAAGGGAUUCGUGCAUGGAGGUUUUGUGGCUUGGUGUGUAAUAAUUGCGUUAUGAUAAUGGAAAGUGCGAUUCCUAUGAGCA